AUGUCAGCCCUCCGCAACGGCGCGAUAAAUGGCACCAAUGGCGCAGCGAGCGCGCCAGUCAGCAAGCGGUUCUCUGACAUCCCAGCCGCCAUCGACGUCCCGGUUCAAGGCGAAGCCGAAGACGAAGCUGUCGAAAUCGAUCUCCUCGAGCUUUUCGAUGACCCCACCGAGCUUUGCACCCUUUUCGAAAACGAGCGCGCCGCCCGAACCUACUGGAUGACCGUUGCAUUGGCCUACGCCAAGCAGAAGAAGAUUGAGCAUGCCAUCGAGAUGCUGGUCCGAGGCGGAAAUGCGAUGCGCGACAACAACCCCAGGGAAAAGCUGAGCAUGAUUGGAUGCCUCUGCUGGAUGUACCUUUGGAAGAGUCGCGAAGCCCCGAGAGUGCCACCCGAUGGCGAGUUGGCCUCUGAAGCCAAGACGAAGGAAUACUACCUGCAAUUGGCGACUUCUACGCUAAACGAUGCGUCGCGCAUUAACCCCGCGUAUCCUCCUCUGUUCCUGGCUCGUGGAGUUCUGCAGCUGCUUAGGGCGUCAUUGCAGACCCCCAAGGCGACAGGCCAUGGGCAGGUGGACUCUGAAAAGGCGGAUCUGCUUCGGUCAGCACUCAAGGCUUUCGAAGACGCUAUUCGAGUAUCGCAAGGGAAAAACAUGCUUGCGGUGAUGGGCAAGGCGCGGACUUUCUUCUCACUCGGAAAGUACCCGGAGUCCCUGGCUUCCUACCAAGAAGUCCUUCAGAAGAAGCCUGACUUCGUUGAUCCCGAUCCCAGGAUAGGCAUUGGCUGCUGCUUCUGGCAACUGGGCUUCAAGGACGAUGCUAAACUUGCCUGGGAGCGAUGCACCGAGAUCAAUCCCGAGCACAAGGUCGGAAAUAUUCUUCUCGGUCUCUACCACCUUGACGCCAGCAGCCGCAUCCCCACAAACAGCCCCGAGUUCCUUCACCUUUACAAGAAAGCAAUGACCGAGUACACCCAGAAGUCUUUCAAACUCGACAAAAACAUGCCGCUGACAUGCGCAACCUUUGCUGGCUACUUCUUGUCGCGCAAGCAGCUCGGCACUGUAGACUCGCUCGCACACAAAGCUAUUCAGUACACCGAUGUCAAUGCGAUCGCAAGUGAUGGCUGGUAUCUCUUGGCAAGAAAGGAGCACUACACUGGCGACCCAGAACGUGCCAGCGACUUCUAUCGCCGAGCUGACGAUGCGCGUGGCGGUGCCGAGCGGGGCUACAUGCCGGCAAAAUUCGGUGCCGCCCAGCUAGCCGUUCUCCGAGGCGACCUAGGCGAAGCGAAGUUGCGGUUGGAGAAAAUGAUUCAGCAGUCUAAGAACCACGAAGCUAUGAUUUUGCUGGGCACUUUGUACGCGGAAGAGGUGUUCGCGAAUGAAGACGCGGACGGCAAGGAGGACAAGUCGGCCGAGAUGAAGAAGGCGAUUUCCCUUCUGGAGGGUGUGCGAGGUGCUUGGAAGGACAGCAAGAAAGGGAUGUCUCCAGACGCUGCGGUUUUGUUGAACCUGGCUCGUCUGUAUGAGCACGAGUUCCCCGAGAGAGCCCAUCAGUGUCUUCUUCAAGUCGAGCAGCUGGAACUCGACCAGAUUCCCGAGGAAGAACGCCCGGUCGGAAUCGAAGAUGAAGCUGAGAACCGCGCAACCCUCCGCAAAUUCCUGCCACCGCAGCUCCUUAACAACAUCGGUUGCUUUUAUUCUCAGUCUGAGAAGCACGAACAGGCCAGCGAAAUGUUCGAGGCUGCCCUGGGUGCUUGCAUGAAGAUUGGCGAGAAGGACCAAGAGAUUGACACGGAUGCUUUGGUCACCACGAUUAGCUUCAACCUGGGCCGAAGCUACGAGUCUCAGAGUCUGUACGACAAAGCCACCGAGGUGUACGAAGGUUUGCUGAAACGCCACGAUGACUACACCGAUGCUAGGACGAGACUUGCAUACAUCAAGCUUCGCAGGAACCCCAACAAGGAGGGACCUGACGCCGUGGCGAAGCUGUACCAAGAAAAUCCUCAGGAUCUCGAGGUCCGAGCCUUGUAUGGAUGGUACAUGGGCAAGGUGCACUCCCGAAAGCGCCCACACAACAUCAAUGAGGACCACGAGUUUCGUCAUUACAAGCACACACUACAGAACUACGACAAGCAUGACCGAUACGCCUUGGUCGGCAUGGGCAACUUGUAUCUGAUCCAAGCUCGAGAAAUGCGGCGUGAAAGCGACAGUGACAAGGCCAAGAGGAGUGCCACAUACAGCAAAGCGGUUGAGUUCUUUGAGAAGGCCCUUUCCUUAGACCCCAAAAACGCGUACGCGGCACAGGGUAUCGCCAUUGCUUUGGUUGAGGACAAGAAGGAUUACAAGACGGCCCUGGGCAUCUUCGUCAAGAUUCGGGACACCAUCAAGGAUGCACAUGUGUACGUCAACCUUGGUCACAUUUACGCCGAGCUCAGACAAUACUCCAAGGCUAUUGAGAAUUACGAGGUUGCUUUAUCCAAAGAGGGCAAGGGCAACGAUCCCGUCAUCCUUGCUUGUCUGGGUCGUACUUGGCUUAACAAGGGCCGGUCUGAGAAACUCUUGGACGCGUACCACGAGGCGCUCAAGUACGCGCAAAAGGCGCUCGAAGCUGCACCGGAACAGGUUCACUACAAGUUCAAUGUGGCCUUCGUUCAGAUCCAGAUGGCAACUACUGUUUACGCCCUGAACGAGAAUCAGCGGACAUUGGCGCAACUUCAGGAGGCUGCGACUGGCCUGGAAUCUGCCAUCUCUGCACUCGAUGAGAUUGCGAGCCAUCCACAGACCCCUUACCCCAAGCACGAUGUCGAGCAGCGCGCCAACAUGGCCCGCAACACUCAACGCAAGCAGCUGGAGAGAGCCAUUGCCAGUCAAAAGGAGUACGAGGAGAAGAACAAGGAGAAGUUGCAAGUAGCUCUCGAGCAGCGCCAAGCAGAGCUCCGGAAACGUGAGGAAGAGCGACAACAGGCUCUCGAGAAGCAGCGUGAGAGGCAAGAGAAAAUUCGAAGGGAGAGAGAAGAAAUCGCAGCGAGGGACAGAGAGAUUGCAGAGCGUCGUGCCGAGGAGGAGAAAGCCCGACAAGAGGCUGAAAUGACGACUGACAGCGAGACUGGUGACAAGGUCAAGAGAAAGAAGAAGGUGGCACCUAGGGGCGAUGGUGAGAGUCGUCCGAAGAGAGGAUCACGCAAGAAGAAGGCUACCGAGACCGACGGCGAAGAUUCAGGCGAGGAACGCCCAACGAAGAAGAAACGCCGCCUCACAAAGAAGGAGUCUACGGUUAAUAACAAGUACAAGUCUGCCGAGAUCAUCGUUGACAGCGAUGACGAGGAUGAGGAUGACGAUCCCCUGGAUCGUGCAGAGAGAGCACUCGAAAAGGCUAGCUCUCCUCUCUCCGAUGCUGAAGAAAAGGCCGGGGAUGACGAGGACAAGAUGGAGGUUGACAACAACAGAGACGUCGACGAUGACGAGGACGACGGAGGAGUUGGUAGACGGCAGCAAAGCUCACGUUCCAGGCGGGGCAGAGUCAUUGAGAGCGACGAGGAUGAGGACGAGGAUGAAGCCCCCAAGAAGAAUGGCGCGGGUGCAGACUCCGAUGAUGAGGCUGACAGGGCGAAACCCGCUGCAGACACCAGCAUGGCAGAAGCUGACGAUGACGAGGAGUAG